UCUGCGAGAUUUGACAGACUCCGUGCUUUGACAGUUGUUGCUAUCGGAUGAUGUGUGCCUGUUGGCAGGAUUGUUUUUCCAUCUUUUUUCGGGCCUGUCUCGUGAUAAAAGAUAAUAUCUUAAAUUGGUUUGACGGAAGUAUCUUGUGCCAACUGGGAAAAUAAUUUAUUCGAUUUCAGUGUUUCUGUGAAGCCGAUGGCGAGAGAAGUAUAAAGUGUGUAUCUCGUGUUGCUGGAAUCUACGAGGAACUGUUCAACUAUUGUGUUUCGGCCUUUCUGUGUAGCCUUUCUGAAAUUUAAGGAUUUUUGAAACUUAUUUUUAGUUCAAACGAAGCUUCGCACACUUAAGCGUUAAAGUGAAUUUAAUUGAAUUAAGAGCUCCUAUCGUUAAGUGUAGUAAACACGAGUAUCGGUGUAAUAGAGGAGAGCAGUAAUUAACACCUUAAUAACAGUCAUUAAAAAGGGUUUGCUAGUUUGCUGCCUUCGGAUUAGUUCAAUAUCAUGAGACGGGACGAGAGUUAUCGGAGGAUUACCCGGGAAAAGGUGGUCGUCCGCGGGAAUACCACCAUCAGGACGCUGGACUCGACGGUGUCCUUUUUGCCGCUGCUGGAUUCCUCCCAGCCAUCGACAUCCAGCUUUCAGCACAUGGCCCGAAUGAUGGAUACGCUGAUACUGGACAACCUAGCACCGUUUGCGUUCACCAAAAUCACCACCACCCAUCGGCCCUCGCGGAUCACCGCCACGACCAGCAACCUGGACCGGGGUGGCCCUGGAGGCGGAUCCGGUUCCGGCAAUGGCGGAGGAGGUGGCCCAGGAGGAGGCCAUGGUGGCCCCAUUUUGAUUGGGGGAGGAGGCGGCGGCAUGAAGAAGGCAACCAGCACCAACAACAUGGCCGGCCACGGGGGACCCUCCAAUGGAUCAACCAUUCGCGUCAACCUGCAGAAGAACAAAAUUCCGACCCAAGAAGUUCAUCCAAACCCGCGCCAUGCUGGCAUCUCUUCCAACGCAACCUCGCCGCCGACGUCGACGGACUCACGCUGGAUAUCGUCGCUGCGACGGCGCGAUCCGGAACUGCAACCCACGCUGCCUUCUAUCAACAAUCACUCCAACCAUUCCACGAGUACCUCUUCGCUCACGCACCAGCACAGCGUCGGCUAUACCAGCUCAACCAAUACGCCAACCGAUCGACGCAGCAGCCGAAACAGUGGCCAGAAAUCGUCGCUGAGGAAGAGUCGCUCGGUUGAGCGUAUUCGAGCCAGGAAACUUGCAACGUCGAAGGUGAAAGAACGAACCAAGAAGUCUUCCUCGGAAGAAGGUGGCGGAUCGGAUGAUCAGGAGGUUACCUCGGUGGAGGAGAAUUCUCCGCAGCAGCAGCAUUCACCGGUAAAGAGAAUCGACAAGUCUAAGAUUUUCAGUCCGAUCGGCUAUGAGUCACAUUUGGUGGAUACGCUGGAGAAGGACAUGCUUCAGAAGAAUCCCAACGUACAGUGGAAUGAUGUAGCGGGAUUGAACGAAGCGAAAGCUAUCCUCCAGGAAGCGGUUGUGUUGCCGGUGAUCUUGCCAGAUUUCUUCCGGGGAAUUCGUCGACCAUGGAAGGGAGUUCUGAUGGUGGGACCACCGGGAACUGGAAAGACUAUGCUGGCUAAGGCAGUUGCAACCGAGUGCGGUACCACGUUCUUCAAUGUUUCCUCAAGCACACUGACUUCCAAGUAUCGAGGCGAGAGUGAAAAGUUGGUUCGAUUGCUGUUCGAGAUGGCUCGUUUUUAUGCUCCUAGCACGAUCUUCAUCGACGAGAUCGAUUCGCUGUGUGCCUGUCGAGGUAGCGAUUCUGAGCACGAAGCUAGUCGAAGGUUCAAGGCUGAAUUACUCAUUCAGAUGGACGGUUUAAAUGCUGCAAAUGAUGAAAAAAUUAUCAUGGUCCUGGCAGCUACCAAUCAUCCGUGGGACAUUGACGAAGCGUUCCGCCGUCGGUUCGAGAAACGCGUCUACAUAGGUCUUCCAAAUGACAACACUCGAAAGGCUCUGCUGGAGCUGUGCCUCAAAGGCGUCAACAUUUCGACGGACCUUCAAACGGAAACCAUUGCCGAUCAGCUUUGUGGCUACACAGGAUCGGACAUUGCCAAUGUUUGCCGUGACGCCGCCAUGAUGGCCAUGAGGCGACACAUUAGUGGCCUAUCCCCGUCGGAGAUCAAAAUGAUUCGCCGCGAAGAGGUUGACCUUCCGGUGACCGCACAGGACUUCCAGGAUGCGAUGGCCAAGACGCGCAAAUCGGUAUCGGCCAACGAUGUUGCCCGCUAUGAAACCUGGAUGGAUGAAUACGGCUCCUGCUAGUGUUACGUUUAAAGCUCAAAACUCCGCAAGGGCGUAUUGCCUGCGAGUUGAUGAAGUGCAAACCAAAAACUAAUUCUCCUCAAUUUAUUCUCAAAUACCAAAGAAAUCCUCUCGCUUAGGGCGGCACUUUUGCACUAACGGGUGCCGAACAAUUUUGCUAACAAGUAUUAGCAGAGAUCAGUUGCUAGUUACCCUUUGCUGUGUUCAUUUAUCUACUGCUUUAUCUAUUGACCAUAUUAUAGUCCUAAACAUAUUAUUCAGUCAGCUAACGAAAACCGUUUACUACUACCCUUCCCAUAAAUGGUAGCAAUAAAUCCGUAAGAAAAUAGCCAGAAUUGUAAUAUGAAAAAGUUUUUUUUUUUGGUAAAAUAUACACCAAUAAAGUGCUGAGAAGGAUGAUAAA